AUGACUCCUGAAGAGCAAGCCGAGAAAAUCAAGCAAUUUAGACAAGAACUCACAGAUAUCAAAUACCCCGUUACGGACGAGUAUCUCGAACAGUUUCUGAUAGCUCGUAGCUGGAACAUUGCCAAUGCCAAAGACCAACUCUUGAAAACGUUUGAAUGGCGUGAAACAAAUCGCAUUGAUGAUCAUCCUGUUGCCACUCGAGAAAACAAGUUGCCAGUGCUUUAUGCUGUUCGUGGCUAUAACAGUAUUCCCGAUAGCAAUUUAGAGCCACUUGCUGGCAUCAGUGAAAGCGUAUUGAGAAUCAACAAGUACAUGGGCGGUGCAUGUCUCCACAAGGUAGAUAGAGAAGGAUGUCCCAUUUAUAUCGAGAGAUUGGGUUAUCAUCGUGCAAAGGAGCUUGCCAAGAACGCCAAGGUAGAAGAGGUACAGGGAUAUCAUAUUGGCUGCAACGAGUUUUUGCAUCGCGUCGUGAUGAAGGAUUGCUCAAAGGCUGCUGGACGUCAUGUGAACAGAGAAACUGUCAUUUUUGACUGCACUGGCAUGGGAUGGCAUCAAUUGCAUAUGCCUGCCUUGAACUUUAUCAGGGCUAUAGCUGAUUGCGACCAAAAGUACUAUCCAGAAACGCUCAACAAGUUCUUUCUGGUCAAUGCACCUGGUGCCUUUGUCUAUGUUUGGAAGAUUGUCAAGGCAUGGCUGGAUCCUGGCACUAUUGCUAAGAUCCAAAUCCUUGGAUCUGAUUACAAGGAACCGCUAUUAAAGCAAAUUGCACCUGAAAAUCUUCCUGCGUUUUUAGGCGGUGAAUGUACAUGUGAACACAUGGACGGUGGUUGUGUUCCAUCUCAAGUACUGAAGAAUGCCAUACCACUGCUAGCAAGCGAAAAGAACGAAAAAGUAGACACUGCUUACAAUGCUGAUAUCAUGGAGCAAGGAAAAACAUCAGACAUCAUUAGGGGCCCCUCAUUCUAUUAG